CAUGGGGGGGAGCUGCAGUCGUCGACGGAAUGAUGCGUGAUUGGCAACCGAAUGUUUUUUGUGGCUGAACGAGUGCUCCCAGCGCGUGUUCAAGAACCGUCUUACUGGCAGAGGGGGAGAAGAAGGCGGCACAUGUUUGAUGUAAUCACUACUGACUGGAGGAGAGUAGUGCAAGGUUCUAGUGAGGUUACGCCUUGUUUUGGUAUGCGAAUGGCAGUAUGACAAUGGAUUUGGAACAAGAAACACGAAUACGAUAUCGUCGAACAAAGAGUGUCUCUCGAGCCGAAGAUUUACAAAAGGAAGAAGCUCGUAUUAGACGAAAACAACCAGACAAACCAUGCCACAAACCACGAGAUUCACUGUUUUCAUGGUCGUCUGGGUUUGACAACUUUACAGGGCUUGUCAACUGGGGCUUCCUUCUUCUCACAAUGGGUGGGAUAAGGCUUCUCUUAGAAAACUUCAUCAAGUACGGCAUCCGCGUGGAUCCUGAGCAGUGGCUUAUUGUUUUAACAGGUCGUCAUGAGGGAGGUGCUGACCACCCUUCUGUAAUCCUCCUGAUGUAUUCUGUGGUUCCUGUUGUCCUGUGUCUUCUAAUAGAAAAAGGCCUAUCUGUCGAAAUUAUUAGUUACACCCCUGGUAUGAUGGCCCAUGUUGUCAAUCUGCUGGUGUUGGUGAUGAUCCCAAUGGUGGUGAUUCAUGUAAAAUCAUCAGGUUUCAGCUUAAUUGGUGCUACAUCAGUAUGUAUGAUAUACUCCAUCCUGUUCUUAAAAUUGUGGUCCUACAUUCAAGUGAACUUAUGGUGCCGGAACAGGCGACUAAGCGUGUCCAAGUCACAUCUUAGAAGACAGAGUCUUUCUUUCCAUCACAAGAAUGCGUCAGAUGAUGCUGCAAAUGGAUCAGUGGACCAUGAAGAAAAGAAUGCUGAAACCAGUUUAGUCCAUUAUCCAGAUAAUCUGAAUCUGAAGGAUAUUUUUUAUUAUAUUCUUGCACCUACUUUGUGCUACGAAUUGAACUUUCCUAGAACGAACAGGAUUCGUAAGAGGUUUUUAGUGAAACGAAUGGUAGAAGUGGUGGUUGGAUUUCAAGUGAUGAUGUGCCUAUUUCAACAGUGGAUUAUUCCAUCAGUAAAAAACUCACUCAUACCUUUCUCGAACAUGGAUGUAGCAAAAGCAACAGAGAGACUACUGAAACUUGCCAUACCAAACCAUUUAGUUUGGUUAAUCUUCUUCUAUUUGAUGUUUCACUCAUUUCUAAACUUGAUUGGUGAGAUGUUGCAUUUUGCUGAUCGAAAUUUCUACUGUGAUUGGUGGAAUGCCAAUAAUAUUGAUACAUUUUGGAGAUCAUGGAACAUGCCUGUUCACCGUUGGGCGUUAAGACAUUUAUAUAUACCGCUGGUUGAAAUGGGUUAUUCCAGGACCGCAGCAGGUGUAGCUGUUUUCUUUGUUAGUGCAUUCUUUCACGAGUACCUCGUCAGUGUGCCCCUCAGAACCUUCAAAACAUGGGCAUUCAUGGGAAUGAUGGGGCAGAUUCCGCUCUCAAUUUUUAGCAAAUUCAUGGAGACGAGAUAUGGUCCUCGAUGGGGCAAUAUAGUAGUGUGGGCCUCUCUGAUCCUUGGUCAGCCUCUCUGUAUUAUGAUGUAUUAUCAUGACUAUGUCAUCACGCACAUAGGGGAAGAUCUGAUAGAUGGAUAUGGUCAUGUCUGAACCUAUGCACAGUGUAUGAUUACUUCGAAUUAUUUUGUAGAAAUUAUAGAAUUAUUGGUGUUAAGUUCAUACUGUUUUUUGGUCUUGUACAAGUUUGUUAUGAUUAAUAUUAAUGUUCUAAUGUUGUUAGACCUCAUAAUUAUGUGUUAUUUGCUAGUUUGGUUUGCAUCGAAUGCAUAAUAAUAAUGUGGCAUACCUGUUGGUUUAUGGUAGUGUGUUGUUAUAGGUUAAAGCUCUUCUAUGCAUCAGUUUUAAUACUGAAAUAGUGUUCUUGACAUUACAUUCCAUUUUAAAGACC